GAUGGAGGCGCCUCCCAGCCCUGUUGGCCGCGCAGCGCAGAACUGCGGGAGCUCGCAGGGCUAAGCCUGCUCCGGGCCGCCUUGCUAGCUCCUAUCUCCGCAGGCGGCCUGCGGUUCCCGGUCGCUGUGCCCGCCGUCCGAGGCAAAGGCAGGAGCUGGCCCGAGGCUCAGUGGCUAGCGCGGCUCUCGGAACAUGGCCAUCUGUGCAAAGCUCGUCCUGGAAGAAGGUGGCUUCAGUCACUGCGAUGCCUAAGAAUCAAGUGUGACGUUUCUCCGGGUACUUCAUGGUGUCCACCUCCAGCCUCUCCACACCGCUGCUCCACGCAGCUCCUGAAACAUGGGGGAACACGAGGACGAGAAGCAGAUCCAGGCUGGGCAGGUCUUCGAGAACUUCGUCCAGGCUUCCACGUGCAAAGGCGCCCUCCAGGCCUUCAACAUCCUCACACGACACCUGGACAUAGACCCUUUAGACCACAGAAACUUUUAUUCCAAGCUCAAGUCCAAGGUGACCACCUGGAAGGCCAAAGCCCUGUGGUACAAGCUGGAUAAGCGUGGAUCCCACAAAGAAUAUAAGCGAGGGAAGUCAUGUACGAACACCAAGUGUCUCAUCGUUGGGGGAGGACCAUGUGGUUUGCGCACUGCCAUUGAACUUGCCUACCUAGGGGCCAAAGUGGUCGUGGUGGAGAAGAGGGACACCUUCUCCCGGAACAACGUGCUGCACCUCUGGCCUUUCACCAUCCAUGACCUGCGGGGCCUGGGAGCCAAGAAGUUCUACGGGAAGUUCUGUGCUGGCUCCAUCGACCACAUCAGUAUUCGUCAGUUGCAGCUCAUCCUAUUCAAGGUGGCCCUGAUAUUGGGAGUUGAAAUCCAUGUGAAUGUGGAGUUCGUGAAGGUUCUAGAGCCUCCUGAAGAUCAAGAAAAUCAGAGUACAGUAUAACUUUCCUUUUCUGUCUAGAAAUCACAUUUGCAGGUCUCAGAGGAUGUUUCUGUAAGAGUUAUUCUUAUUGGGGGCAUAAUUCCAUCAAAAAAUAUUUUACCUUUUUUGACCAUUGCCAGUGCUGUCACUUUAGGUUUGUUCUUUAGCUCCCAGGGGAUUUAUUAUUAAGCCAUUAAACCUAUAAUUUGGUUA